AUGAUUUCGUUGGACCGAUCAAGCCAGCAGGAAUGGGAGAUACUUCUUAGAACUCGUCGAACUCCUGCGAAUCACAUUAAUCUCAAGCUCGCUUUCGACCGAGACUUACACUUCUUCCACUCUCGACCUUCCGCUUGCCAACGAGCGCAGAGCCAGCUUGUCGCACUUGGCCCAAGAACUUAUUUUGAUACUGCUCAUGGGCUUGCUGGGUUUGUCGUGCUGCAGUGGACCGCAUACGGACGCGCUUUGUUCCACGUCGCCUUUGGACCGCGUAUCGAGGCCACGCGCAAGAUCCUUUUGGAGUCUUUCUUGGAAUGUCGGAGAUGUCCUGCGCAGACCGCAUCACUCUGUCGGCAUAAAUUGUGCCAGACUUCGAUAUCCCGAAGGCGCUUACCGAGCCGCAAGGCUGAGACUGUGAGUGAUCGGCCAAGCGAGAUCUCAGGUGCCUUAGGCUAUAUUCGCAUCGGUGUGGUUCUUCUGCGUUCCAAAGUAUAUAUUGGAUAUGCUUGUCCAAUCAAGAGACUCGUAUAUGAUCGAGCUUACUCGUGGUCCUCAGGCUUACCAGCAGCCUCAUUUUCUGAGCUGAGGACGUUCUCAAAAAUGAAAUCUCUUCAAUCAUACAACAACAUACCUACCACUGUCAGCCUUGCAUACCUGCCAUACUGUCGGCACAACUGCCACACAAUACAACUACAACUUGCAUCACAUCAACAAUCAAGAACUGAUCACUGUCCGAUCAAAGCCCUCUCAAAAGCAACCGCAAGGCUGAUCGCAGAUCAAAAAAUCCACACCCAAGACAAAAUGCCUUCAUCACAGCAGAAAGCAACCCGCAAGGCUGGCAAAAUGGCCAAGGCCUUCUUUGGCAUCAUCAACAAGUCAACUCGCGGCAUCUCGGCGAUAUAUGACAAAAUCCAUCGCGCUCCAGUCGACGCGUGCACACCAGAUACCACGACCCAAAAGUCGCGACUGCACGUGAGGGGACCGAAGCCGAGGCCAAGACAAAAAUUACAAGCUCCAGCACCCGGAGCAGCUCCAAGUAUCGCGAAAGAGAAAAGCUUUGCGAUUGAAAAUCGUCCCGGCCAUCGGCCAGCUCCGGAAGCAAGCGAGACUCCUCAAAAUCCCAGACGAGGUAAUCAGCUGGAUGUGAUUCGCGAUGAAAGUCGGAUUCGCAAAAGCUUCAGAGAAGAGGCCAGCAGUCCUGACUGGUCAAUCCACAUCCCAAGAAGGAGACCUCAUGGAUACCAGGAGUAUUCUCGAAAUAGCGCAUGUGUGCCGCCUCUCGAUACUAGUCGCAAGCAGUCAAGUGUCAUGCCAUCUGCGGAGUCGGCCAGAAUACAACAGUCUGUUGCGACUUACCCCGGUGGGCAGGCGCGGGUUAUCACAGUCAUUCGCAGUGACCCCAGCAGGCGUAGCGGGUGUCGCAACUCCUCACGUAGAGGACAGUACCACGAGGAAAAUACACCUUUGUCGUAUUCCCUCUCACUGCAACAAUACCACCUACGCGCUUUUGCAAAGCAGGUCCGUAUUGUUAAACCAUUCGUGCCGACCGAGAACGAGAAGAGCCGUAUGGGCCGCGUAAACCAUCGCGUGCGUAUCAGGCGAGCGCCCAGCGUCCAGUCGCACAAGGCAAUUAUCCUCACUGAAGAGGCAUUAGAGGAGGACAACGCAGUCGCAGCUCCAGUGGACGAAUAUUCUCCAGUCAGCGUUGAACAGCGCUGCAACGAUUUUCUGGACAAGCUUGAAGCCGACGCCAGACCAGACCAGCCAGAAAACGAGGCUAUUGAGACAUCGCAACCAGGCGGCAAUAGGACAGACAAAGAUCCAUCACCAGACCGAGGAGGCCAGCAAUCAAGGUCUCAGAGUCCGAGAGACCAAAUCGAGGCAGCUGAAACAGAAAAGAGCGAGCUCCAGCUUAUACCCACAGCCAAGGACUCUGUUCUUGAGGAGGGCUGGUCAUCCGAUUUGCUCGACUUGCUGAAGGAGGAAAAGAGCCGCUCCGACGGACUGGUUCAAGCUCCGCUGGCAGGAGCGCGGCAGACCAGUCUGAUUCCGGGGAGGAGGAGCUCGGAAGUCGAGGAGAACGACUUGAGUGGCGACAGCUUUGGCAAGCAACAGCACUCAGAACAAAGAAUACAUCGACACGAUUCAACGCAGCUGCAAGGAUUGUUGCAGCCGAAGCGAGGCUACGAAGUUCGGGCAGUGCAAGAUCCGAGAUAUCCUCGUGUGGUAUCAUUGGAAAGGAGGGUCACUAAUCCAGACGUGGCGUCGGAAGAAAGACCGGCUUGGACGAAGAUCGGACAUCAUGCGAUAUUAUCGUCGUGGCAGCAGCAGACUGAGCCCAAGACAUGGAUGAGGUCUAGGCAGCCUAGCUAUGAUGUUAGCGGAAUGCAUACGCUGCCGAAAUCAAGGGCAGAUAGUAUGGCGAAUUGGACCGACGGAGCCAUUGAUGCGGUGCUGAGAAGGUCUAUGGAUGGUGUAGUGGAUGGGGGACCGGGUUUGUCGUCUCAGUUACCUCCGCCAGCGUCAGAAAGGAAGGAAAGGCUAUGGGCAGAUGAAUGGAUUUCGGGAGGGAAGGGUGAAGCUGAGGGAUCUUGUGAUAAUGGCAAGAGAUAUGCCAAGGCCGUCAGAAGCAGAUUUGUGGAGCAUCUGCAGGAGAACGCAGAACUGCUGGAGAGUCUUGGAGUCGAGGGCGAGUGGAAAGCAGAGGCAGAGGUGGUCGAGGAGGAGGCAAAUAGUCCCAACACUGGUAUCGGCUGUAGCCAUGUUGCCAUUCACUACAAGCUUUUCCCAUUUUCAUGUGAUCCUCUUGGCCGUUGGUCGAUUUGGGAUGAUUUCCGUGUCGUUUCGUCGUUAGGAGUCGACUCCGAUCCCUGUUCCUUUGCCGAGGCAGACGUCAACCUGCAUGAAGACAUGAGCGAAGGCGAAGCUCGCAAACAUUGA